CCCCGGCGUGUGACCCGGCGCCCGAUCACGUCAUCGCAACGUCUCAAAGCGCUUCACGGGAGCCCCUGUAAAAGCGUAGUGACUGUGUGUCUUGUGGGGUGUGCGCGGCAUGUUGCGGGCACGCGUGACGCUGUUUUCUCCCCCCGUUGUGUGACGGGGCACAGAGUCGAGCAGAUGCGGGACCUCUGGCAGAAGGUUCUCGAUGAUUCCAUGAGCUUCGAUGACUCACUGAGACGGACAGAGACGACAGACGCGUUCACCCCCUUCUCCCCCUCCGUCCCUCACACUGAGGCCAAGCAGCGGCUCCAGAGGCUGGAGGUGUUUGCGGGGGGACUGAGGGAGAAGGCCGAGCAGUUGGAGGCCAUAAACACCCGGUGCCGACAUUUUGCCCGGAUUCACGGCCCCACUCUCUCCCUCCGGCUCCAACGCGUGGUCCGUGAGCUCAACCAACGCUGGGAUCGCCUGCAAAGACGCGUAACCCUCACCCACACCCAACUGAAGGCUGCCGUGACCCAGAGAGAGGAGUUUGAGAGCGAGCGAGACUCCAUCUGGAGGUCUCUCACUGAGUUGGACUUGCGGUUGACUGACCUGGAACAUUUCUCCGCCAAAAAUGCGGCCGAAAAGAUGUGUCAACUACAGGAGUUCCAGGGGGAGGUGGCACAGCAGACCGAGCGGGUGGACGGGCUGUUGGCGAGGGCGGACCGGCUCCUGGUGGGCAGCGAGGAAUCGGACGGGCACGCGAUUCGGGGCGCGAUCCAGGACCUCCUCGCGUUCCGUCAGGAGGUGUUCAGCCGCCUCAACCUCUUCCACAGACGUCUGGUCGGCCUGAGGCCGGUGUUUGAUGACGGGUGGGAAUCCACGGAGCGCGAUGUGGACACGGAGUUGGAGACCCUGUUGGGCGGUUUUCCGGGCUGCCGGGGAGGAGGGGGGCCGGGGAAUCCCGGGGGGGGGCAGGGAAUCUCCCGCUCGGGGUACGAGACCCCCGCCAGCGUGGACUCGCUGGGCUUGGAGUGGGACCCCUCUGUGGACAUCGGAGAGACCACCGACCGAGGGCAGGGGGACAGCGAUGAAUUGUCAGACACCUCCGGAAUCCCGGACACAGAGGAAACGUUCCGGGAACUCAACGUCAGGAAUCGCUUCUCCAGUGCAGAGCCCAGCGGACAGGUAGAUGUGGGCUGUCAGUGUGAGCCUGAACCUGACGUGACCGAUGGCCGGUCCGGUGUGUGUGACAUCCCCACGGCUUGGCCUUGGACCCUGGAACCACCAGGGGUGAAGCCGAGCCACAGGUCCCUCUGUGCCGGGGGGAGGCUGUGGGGAAGCUGUGGGGGUCGGGAGUUGGUGGUCGGAGGGACGAGGCCACAGCAGGACUUGCGGGAUCCGGAUCUGCUCCGGGUGUCAGCGGCCAAACCGGACCCCCCCCUGAGGGUCCUGGAGGGGCUGCGACGAUCUCUCGGGCUGUACCCGCCUCGCUUUCUCCUCCUGGGGAGGGGGACGGAGGGAUGAGUUGGGGCCUCAGGGACCCCUGGGGGUCACCGCGGAGGCCAGGCGGCCCGUGGGAGGGGCCGUGCCAGCAACCGGGGGUCCCGGACUUCAAGUCCCAAGCGAAAAGGGAACUGCGGCUGAAAGGGUUCCCGACCCCUGACGUCGGCCUCGGGGUGGAGAGCGGGCUGCCCCCCUGUGCUGUGUCUGAGGGGCGGGGGCGAGGGGGGCUGUGCCGAGCCCUGGUGCCCCUCCCCCUGUUGUUGCUGUUGUCGCUGUUGUUGCUGUUGACCCUGUGGCUGUUGCUCCCCCCCCUCCUGCGCGAGAGCUGCUCCCCCCACAGUAACUUCAUGCGGUCCCGCCUGGGGCUGACCUACGUCAACGGCCCCCCCCCCACGUAGCCAGAGGGGAGGGGCCUCCCGGGCAGGGCGGGGCCAACAACCCAGCGGGGGGGGCGGGGCUCCUCACACACCCCGCCUCCAGCGCACAGCUGGCGAGGCGGGGCCGAGCUCCGUCAUCACGUGAGCGAGCGAGUGUGAGUCAGUGAGCGAGUGAGGGUGUGAGCGAGUGU